GCAGGGAGGGAAGGACGCUUUUACGCACAGCUAGGCACACCGUGAACUUUUAACGCCUGGAACUCACAAAAACGGCAUCGGGCCAGUAAGAGGAAUAUUGAUCGAAAACGUUAAGCUCGACCACAACUGCGGGCUGGACAACUUGGACUCAGACAUUGCCAGCUCUGGAGCAAGGCCCAGUGGUUGGAUGCGUGUGUGUGCCUCAAGUGUGUUUUCUUACUUCUGUGCACCUUGGGUGAGGUUUCUGUGACGAUGAGGGCCAUCACACUUCUGUGUCUUUUGAUGGUUGCGGAGGCUGCAGCCUCCAGGUUCAUUCGUGACUCCCAGGGUGGGCCUGAGGCUUUAGAACCAUCCAAGAACAAUGCCUCAGUUGUGCUUCCGCCCCCACAGCCGGGCCGAGCACGGAACCUGCAGCCCCCGAUGUGCAUAAAGCCCACAGAGAUCAAGCAAGCCUUCAAGUAUGUGAACACCAUCAUUUCCUGCCUGAUCUUUGUGGUGGGAAUCAUUGGCAACUCAACGCUGCUCAGGAUCAUAUAUAAGAACAAAUGUAUGAGGAAUGGACCCAAUGUACUCAUUGGCAGCUUGGCACUGGGAGACCUGCUAUAUAUUAUCAUCGCCAUCCCCAUCAAUGUGUACAAGCUGUUAGCCGAGGACUGGCCGUUUGGCGUGUAUGUCUGUAAGUUGAUGCCGUUCAUCCAGAAGGCAUCAGUGGGAAUCACCGUCCUCAGCCUGUGUGCCCUCAGUAUUGACCGCUACCAUGCAGUGACAUCAUGGAGCAGGGUGAAAGGGAUGGGGAUCCCUCUGUGGAAAGCCGUGGAAGUGACACUGAUCUGGCUGCUUGCUGUGGUGCUGGCAGUCCCCGAGGCGCUGGCAUUCGACAUGCUGGAGAUGCCAUACAGAGGCACCAAGCUGCGGGUUUGCCUACUGCAUCCAGUACAGACCACCAGCUUUAUGAAGUUCUACAAGGAAGCAAAGGAUUGGUGGCUGUUUGGCUUCUAUUUCUGUUUCCCUCUGGUCUGCACAGGAAUCUUCUACACUCUCAUGUCCUGUGAGAUGCUCAGUCGCAAAAAAGGCAUGCGCAUCGCACUCAACGACCACGUGAAGCAGAGGAGGGAAGUAGCAAAGACGGUGUUCUGCCUGGUGUUGAUUUUUGCUUUCUGCUGGCUGCCCCUUCAUCUCAGCCGUAUUCUGAAGAAAACAGUCUACGAAGAGGAUGACCCUGACCGCUGUGAGCUGCUCAGUUUCCUGUUAGUGAUGGAUUACAUUGGAAUCAACAUGGCCUCCAUAAACUCCUGCAUUAACCCGAUUGCCCUCUACUUUGUCAGCCAAAAGUUUAAAAACUGUUUCCAGUCUUGCCUGUGUUGCUGGUGUUACAGAAUGUCUCAUCUGGAUGACCAAGGCUCGGGAGGACGCUGGAAGGGCUCAUGCCACGGUAACGGACUAGACCGCUCCAGCUCCCGUUCCAGUCAGAAAUACACAAGCUCUUCAUAAAUGCACAUAGACACACACGCACACAAACACAAACACACACACACGCACACUAAUUACACACCUCCUCUACCAAACCAGUGCUCCCAUCAGGCACAAGCAGCAGUGUCACUCCCGACAUACUGGCCUUCAGAUCAGAGUCAGAAGGGGAAACUGGAGUCACUUCUACAGGACUCGACGCAGACUGAAAGACUAAAAGAUCAACCCCAAAAUGAUGAAUGAAAUAACGGGAGUGUGCCUGCUCGGGCUAUAAUACUAAAUGCAAAAGCUUUGAUGAAACAGAUGCUACAUAAACAUGUUCAUAUUCUGACGCCGAGGCUUCUCCAGAGGACUAUAAGGCUCUCAGUGGACCAAUGCAUUUAUAGAGAAUGUUUAUUCAAGCCACUAUGUAAAUGUAUGUACAGUAUUAUUUACAUAUAGAGUGCAAACUUAUGAUCAUAUCUAGCCUUAGUACCUUGUGUAGCUAUAAAUAAGCACUGAUGAACACUACCUGUUGAAGCUUUAAUACCUCACGGGGAAAGCUAGAGGGAAACUGUGACCCUUAUUUUACAGUGUAGCUUCUAUUUUUCUAAGAAAAUAUCACAAAACACACGAAGAGCUUGUGUUACCUACUGACGUGAGGUGUUAAAAAUGUGUUAUUAUUGCCAAAUAUUUCACCUCUAUCAGACAGCGGUGAUGUUUCUGAGGUUGGAAAUUACUCUGAAAAUGAUUUGCGAGUGCUGCUUACGUAAUACAUUUUUUGAGCCAUGUAAAGGUUUUUUUUUUUUUUUUUGGAAGGAAAAAGAAAUUUGCUGGAUAAGCUGCACGUGAGUGAAUGAUUUUUUAGAACUCCACAGAACAAGGGAAGGUUAAAAAGUUCAGGGUCGCGGGGUGCGGGGGUGGGGCUAUCCCAGAGAAUGGGUGGAUGGACGUUAAAAUGUUCCACAACACGAUCCAUAAAAAGCUGAGACCAGACAUGAUUUAAAGGCCGUUCUGAUCAUUCACACAUGCCCACCUGCGCUUUCAUUGUGCACCUCUAACCAUCAGCUUUUUCUUCAAACUGACUCAGCUUUCAUGUUGAGGAUCAUUAUUUGGGAUUCGGGAUGGGUCCUCAGACCAAACGGGAGUUUUCAGUGGAGGAACUUUCACUAUCCACACCUGCAGAAGGCUCUUCGGGUGAGGAGUGUGACCAGAAGCACACUCAUUAUUACUAUUUUUUUUUUUUUUUUUUUUUUGUGCACAGUAAAUUCAUCCUCCAGGGUCAGACAGUCAAAGCAGAAUUAGUCUCUAAUAACUUGAGUAGGGUUGUCACAGUACUGCAAUUUCAAGCUUGAUACUGACACCCAGGAAAAUACUCGUUAGGUGAUGCCAUUUUUAAUACCACAGGGAUAAAAAUGACAAAAUUAAGAGGAAUAAUUCUUUUUUAAAUAAAGAUUAGAACAAUGCUUGUUCAUGCAAAAGUAUUCAACUACAGCCCUGUUUAUCUUCCCUGCACCAUAUUUUCAUUGCUGGUCAAAUGGAUUUGGUAAGGCAGGCUGCCGUUUCUGUCUGGUUGCUGGUAGACUUCUCUCAGCUUCAGUUUGGGGAUUUGAGAAACACUUUUUAGACACAAAUAAUUGUUAUCCUGUUAAAUUAAAGCUGUCUAUGCGUUACAGAGGGACAGGACUAAUAACACUUGCUGCCUAGCUACAAAAUAUGGUUAUUAUUUUAUUAUUAGCCCUUAAUGAUAACAGCUAAUGUGGGUAGCUGCUAAUAGUUAACACGUGUGCCAGUCAGGUUAAGAUUUAUGAUUUGUGAACUAUUUAAUGCUUAAUGUUUCUGAAACGGGAGCUUUACUGACCUCUCAAAAUUCCUCAUAGAUGUUCCUCAGAUGUUUUGCCAAGUUUGCUGUUGUACUGCUGAUGUGUUCAGCUGCUAGUGAGGGGAGGGGCUGUGUGCCUGCCUGUCUGCAGCAGUAUUGUGUGAUGUUGUCUGUCAGGCCCGAUUUACUGCCAGGAAAAUUUGUAGAGCCUACCCUUAACCUACGUAAGUAGCCAAUGCCAUUGCCCACAUUUAUGGUUGUGCCAGCCAGAAGAAACAAAUAAAAUUCUGAGACUUUUUAACCUGCUGGGCCCUAGCUCUUUGUUGUGGUCAGUUUCUCCACUUCUUUGUUCAUUCCCUCAGGUCCAUUAGCAAGGAAUUUUCUGAUAUUUUAUACUAAUGCUAUGAUUAUUAUUCCUUACAUUGAUUGAUGAUUGUUAUUCUCUCACUGAUAAAUUCAAGAACUGCAGCGAAGAAGUAGUGGGAAAUGCACCGGAGGAAUCGACGGUACUGAACAAGCCAAUGGGAACAGUUGCGGGCUGCAUCGAUGCAAUAUGAAGUUUACAUUUCUCAGGAGGUUCACGUCAGGUUCCACUGUAGUUUCAGAGGGGUUUGGGGUUACGGUGUAGAUUUCCUGCUGAAGGAGGCGAAGAUAACACUAUUGGUAUUGAUGCUGUUGCAAAUGAAUAUCUAAUUUUUAGUAUCAAUUACUAUCUGAGCAUCAUUUCUACUCAGUACAUAUGCAGCCUACAAACAACCAAACAGAUAAAUCAGGCACUUUCCGAAUUUUGGUAUCAAAAUCAGUUCUGGUGACACCCCUAGUCCCGAGAUAUCUGAGGGAGAACAAGAUGAUCUCUGCUUUACUACCCACCCCACUGAGCAGGUCUCAUUCCCAAAGGAAAUUUCAAUUUAAAGAAUUGCUGUUUUGACACAAUGGAGGAGAUAAAACGUGCGUCUAGUCUAGAUGUAAUCUAGUAGUGCAAGGUGCACAAGGAGGCAACCUUGAAGGGGAGAUCUGAGCCAAAACAAAUUUAAAUCAGGUAGGGUUUUUGCCAAGAGGGGAGGGUUUUUCUUUUGAAGAAAGCUGUAAGCUGAAGGAGAAUCUCACAAUGACAAGGACAAAGGAAACUGGAAGUAAAGAGAGUGCAUGCGCUCAGUAAUCAAAUGUAAAUCUAAUGUAUAAACUUCCCUGUCAGAAGGAACAGAUCUAUUCUGUAUUCAUGACUUUGUCAUUUGGGGGUGGGGAGAAAACUGCAUGUUACAGUUCAUUUUGAGGAAAUGUAACAGUGCCAGUAAGUCCACUGAUGCUACAAGUAGAGGAUGAACCCAUUUUAUGUGGCACGCUAUUUUCAGUACAGUGUGUCCAAGAUGUCAUCAGAAACACUUUCCUCAAAUGUGUGUAUUCUGAGAAACCAGACAAUGUGCUUGCUGUCACUUAAAAACUGAAAUUAGAGCAGAAAUAUAUUUAUCAUCUUAGUGUCUGGACGCAACAUCACUCGAAUCAGCUGAUCAUGCAGUAUGUGGCUCAUUAAACUCUAUUUUUGCCAUUUUGAACCUGCUUUUAGCUACACCUAUGUGACUGUACAGCUUUGUGAGUUUCUUUUGUAAGCGGGACCAUUGAGUCAAGACACAUUGGUAAUUUGACCUUGAAGAUCAAAUUAAAUGCUUAUAUUGUCCCUUGUGUUUUAAAUCACAUUUAUACUAGUAUGGAGUAAUAAAUAUCAUUUUAUAGCA